AUGUCUGCGAUUUCUAUAUCCACAGUUCCUCAGGGAGAUUCCAAUACUCCUCGAGCUCCAACACCGCCCUCGCCAAUUCCUGAUGCGUAUCUGCUCCAGUACGACGAUCACCCAGAGCUCGUGCUUGUUUCACAACUCCUACAAGAAGACAACUACGCUUCUUGGUGCAUAUCGAUGAGACUUGCGUUGAGUGGAAAACGUAAAAUCUGCUCCAUCGAUGACUCCCUCCCGAAGCCAGAUCCAAUUCUUAACCCUGCGCUCGUUGAAUCAUGGCAAUGCACGAACGACAUCAUCACUACAUGGUUGCUGAAUGCAAUCUCCAAGGAUAUUGCGGCAAGCGUCAUCUAUGCUGGAUCCGUGGCUUUACUCUGGCAAGAUUUGGAGACUCGCUUUUCUCAGAGCAAUGCACCUUGCAUCUUUGAGCUGAAGAGGUCACUCAUGUCUCUGACUCAAGGCUCUCUCUCAGUCUCACAGUAUUUCACAAAGUUGAAGAUACUUUGGGAAGAACUCAACACCUUCAAGCCAUUGGUAUCUUGUUCCUAUGGUGACGUUAAGUCGAUUCAAGCCUUUCUUGAUCAAGAAUAUGUGAUGCUGUUCCUUAUGGGUCUCAAUGAGAAUUUGAACAAGCUUGUGAAUACCAAAUCCCAGGUGCAUCAUGUUGCUAAGGUCACUCAUGGUCAAGAAAGCCAAGAUCCAUCUCCAACAUCCAGCUUUUCACUUACAGCGGCUCAGUACAACCAAUUGAUGACUCUCUUGCAAACUCAGCAAGCUCUUCAGGACAUUGAACCUGAAAUUUGUGCAGGUGAAGUGUUUUCCUCAUGUUAUUCAAAUCAAAUGGCAGAGGACAUGAUCUCCAAGAAGGUGAUUGGCAGAGGUGAUGAAACUGAUGACCUGUUUCUGCUACAAUCACCCUUCAUAGUUUAUACUAGGAGUUCUGUUCAUAGCUGUCGAUCAGUAACCAAUGUUGAUAGCACUAUUUGA